AUGUCAUUGAGGGGAGUGGGAAAAGCAUUAUACAGAACCCCAUACCAAAUGUUUGGACAGAAAUCGUCCGAUGAUGUUAUUUUCAGACAGUGGGAGCACGAUACCAAGACGGCAAUAGCAGGGUUGGAAUACCUAAAGACAGAGAACAUCAAGUGGAAGAAGUUCUGGGAAAAGACCGUUACUAAGUUUUUGCUAAUCAUUGAAGUGUUUAGAGAUUUACACUGUCAAUUGGAGGAUGCACAGAAAGACACUAAGAAAAAGAUGGGUAUUGCAAGUAAGCCCAAAGUGUCGGAUAAGAAUGAGCAGUUUGCAAGCACUACGUUGCACGAGCUAGAAGAGGCAGCUAAACUAGCCAAGUUGAUCUACGAAAGAGUUGCUGAUAUGUCUUUAGAAGCUUCGGCCUCGUUUGUCAGCAAGUGCGAUGACAUGAUCAAGGUUUUGAAGAAUGUGGAAAAACUCAUGGUUAAGAGGGACCACAAAAAGGUUGACUAUGAUAUUUCUCACAAGAAGCUAGAGGCCUCUUUGAAGCACACCGAUUCUGAAAAGGGGAAGAUAAAGGUAGAAACAAACCAGAAAAAACUGACAGAUAUCGAAAUCAUUUUUAAAGACCUCAACUACAAGGUCAAGCUGAUUGUUCCCCAGGUACUCUCUAACUUGUCUGAAUUUCUGAGCAAAUUAACUUUGAAACUCUACUUUGCAAACACUGAUAUCUUAGGUUUCAUACAGAGAAACAUUGAGAAAUUUAACAGAAUUCAUGGAAUUGUGAAUCAAUCGUCCUUGCUAACAUAUGAAGAAAUUGUUAACGAUUUCAAUAUAUUGCAUUUUCAAGCCCAAAGUAAAUUACAAGAACUUGAGCUAUUGAAGGAUUUUAGCUCGUUAAGGGAGAAAAACUUCUCAACUAAAACAGUUGAACAUGUAAACUCUGCGGCUGGAACAGUAAUUGAUUCCACUGUGAAUUUUACAUCGACGGUUUACACGAAAGCAACCAAACCAAGUCAAAACUUGAACGUGUCGACAAAAUCUUUCAAGAUCGACAACCCAGUAAAAACAUACAGUAAAAAUGGAAUGUUUGAAUCGGCGCUUGAUCCAAUUGAGUUUAUCCAACAAACCGAAUUGGAGAAUGGGUUACAUGAUAUUGACUUAGGCAGUAUCCAAAUGAAUUCGCCUAGUGAUUUUGCUAAUGAGGAUUCAUCAGUAGCAAGUAAUGAUAAUGGAAUAGUAUCUCCAAACUCAUCACUUUCAGAUUCCAAUAAUUGGAUGAAACCGUUGAAAAAUUCUACUCUGAAUGUGAAUAAGGUACGCCCAAAUACAGAAGUUCAAUCACCUAUUUCUCCUGUCUCAGAUGUACACUCAGACCUGGCGUCCUCGAAAUCCAACAAGACGACUCUAAACACCUCUCUAGAGUAUGGUCAUAUUGCCAAUAGCCGUGUAGCCUCGGUUCACAUCGACGAAAAAACGAAAACAUACAAAUAUGCUAAUGUUACAAUAGAUAAUAUCGCUAAACAGAUAUAUCUAGCCAUUUCAACUCCUGAAAUAGAUGAUGUGCCGUUAACAACCCCCCGUGGACAAAUUCAUACCCCCGAUAAACUAAUAAUGCAAUUAGUCACUGCAAAAAGUAGUAUAACUGCCAAUGCUUUUGCAACGUAUUCUAACUAA